AAAACGACAAUACUGUAACACGGGUCAGAUUCUCAUCAGCAUCACUCACUCAUCGGGCCAACACACAUACAUAUUUAUCUCGUAAACGUCCUGCUUGCAAAUUCAUUCUGCUUUAUCAUACCGACCGAGUCGCAGCUUGCUAAAAAUUUGAUACAUACAUUCUCGAUUUAUUUAAUUCCCGUCCAGUAAUAGAAUUUUGAUACGAUAGUUUCAUAGAAUCAGGUAAAUUAUAAAAUUCUACCAAAAUGUCCGGUAAGGAUGAUAAGCGUGAUUCUACUGAUCUCUCACCAUCUCAAAUCGCCAAGAAAACUAAAACCACGGAUGACGAGUCAUUCGUCUUUGUCGAGGAGGAAACCGAAAAAGGAGACCAUGCAGGAGUAAAAACUGGAAUUGAAGAGAAUUUGACUUCCUCGCCGGAAGUUGUGUCUCAGAUAAAGACGAAAACGUUAAUAAUUGUUAUCUUGGAUGAGAGUGGGUCCAUGCAGGCGCAAAAAGGGGACGUGAUCGGGGGGUACAAUUCAUUUCUUGAGGAACAGAAGAAAGCCUGUGAAAAUGAUGAGGCUCGCCUUAUUUUAAUAAAAUUCAACCACAUCGUUACUAAAGUGCAUGAUGCCCGCAGUCUCGAAAACGUGCCCGAGUUAAGCACCGAUAAUUACAAACCUGGCGGAAACACGGCGUUGUACGAUGCCGUUGGAGAGGGAAUUAGGAUAGGGGAAGCCGCCCUUAAUGAGGGCGAACGUGUCCUAGUACUCAUCAUGACGGAUGGACAAGAGAACGCAUCCAAAAAUUUCUCUUCAUCCCAGAUAAAAACAAAAAUGGCGGAGAAGGAAGCCCUCGGAAAUUGGACGUUUGCCUACAUCGGGGAAAACCCUGACCAAUGGGCUCGCGACAUGGCGCUGUCGUCAUCCAACGCCGUUCCGUACGAUUUGGCGCAGCAGCGGGAAAAUAUGACGAGGAUGAGUCGCGCAGUGGGAACGUUCCGAGUCCAGAUACAGGCACAAAUGCAGGACGUAUUUACCGAUCCUCCAUCAAGUGCUAGGAAAUGAGAAAUUUAUUAAAAAUAUAAAUAUCUUGUCUGAUUUGUUAGUAAUGUGUUAAGUCAUCUUUUUUGAUUUGUUAUUUAAUAAAUUUGAAAUUGUUUAUGUGCCAGAAAACCAA